GGACUUUGGUCGGAUCUGUAACGUGAAGUCAAUAUGAACCAGAAAACUUCCAGAUAAAUGAGCUUCUUUCAACUACGUUUGCAACUUAUCAGUCAUUUCUUUCGCGAUGGCUUUGCUGAGUUUCGGCAAUAUCUUGCUGCUCUCUGUAGCGUAUGUCUUGUGGAAGGUACUCUACCAAUUCGUGUAUUAUCGGUUCUUCCAUCCACUGGCCAAAUUUCCCGGCCCAUUCUGGGGUUCCAUCACUCGUCUUUGGAUUACCUACCACAAUGUGAAGGAGGAUGAGUGUCGGGUGAAUCAGGCGCUUCACAAGAAGUAUGGGCCCGUCAUUCGCAUCACGCCCACCAUGUUGCUCGUAAGCGACGCAACCAAGUUGCCGGAGAUUUACCACCGAAACGCCAACAAGUCACAACACUACAUCACGGGCAGUUUCGGUAAGAGUGAAUCGCUUUUCAACAUGCAAGACCAUGUGGUUCAUGCCCGCUUCCGAAAGAUCGCCGCGGCUCCUUAUUCCUUCUCAAAUAUCCGGAAGAUGGAGCCUCUGCUGGAUAAGCACAUUGAGCGCUGGAUUUCUAGACUGGACGCCUUCGCCAGUUCCGGCAACAAGAUGGACUUUGCUCCAUGGGCGGUAUACCUUGCUUAUGAUAUUGUUUCCGAAGUCGGCUUUGGCCAGCCUUUCGGUUUCAUAGAACAAGGGAAAGACGUCGAGGGACUUAUUCAAGGAUUCCACGAUGGCCUCGUGCCGUUCGGCAUUUUAGCGCGUUGCUAUCCGUUCACGAAUUGGGUCAAGAGCACUUUUUUGGGGAAAUAUUUAGUUGCAUCCCCGGAACAGGACUCUGGAAUCGGUACUCUAAUGAGAUUUCGGGAUGGUUUAAUCGCCCAGAGAUUCAAAGACAUCGAAAAAGGGACAACAGACGGCCGAAUCGACUUGCUCCAAACUUUCAUCGAAGCCCGCGACGAAGACGGAAACCCUCUAGACCUGGACUACAUCAAAGCCGAAAUUCUUCUCGUUUUGCUUGCUGGAGCUGAUACCACUGGCACUGCAUUCCAAGCUUUCAUGAUGCACAUCAUGACACACCCUGAAAUUUACGAUCGUCUCAUGCUCGAGAUUGACGAGCAGACCCGAGCUGGUAAUCUUUCGGAGAUGCCUCAGUAUGCAGAAGUUCAACAUCACUGCCCCUUCUACGUCGCGUGCAUCCGCGAAGCCAUGCGCCUCAACCCCUCAGCACCCAACAUAUUCCCUCGUCUUGCCGGGAAAGGUGGCAUGGAGCUGUACGGAAUGCAUGUACCUGAAGGUGCCGAAGUCACCUGCAACCCCUGGCUUGUCCAUCGUGACGAGAAUAUCUACGGCCCCAAUGCCAGUGAGUUCCGACCGGAGCGGUGGUUAGAGAGUGAGGAGAAGACGAAGGAGAUGCUCAAGUAUAAUAUGGCUUUUGGUUACGGAGCCAGAGUUUGCUUGGGCAGAGAUCUUGCAAUGAUGGAAUUGUUGAAAGGGCCCCUUCAAUUCUUUAGGACGUUCAAGCCAGAGAUACUUAACAGGAGCCAGCCUGGGAAGUACGUAGUGAAGGGAGGCGUCAGUUUCUUCGAGGAGAUGUGGAUCACCAUUGAACGACGGCCAAAGGCGAUAUAACGAUCUUUUGUAUCACUUUCGUAUCACUUUCACGGUGCAACAGGAAAGGGGCAAUUUUCUUAGUAGUCGACGAAACAAUUCUGAAGUGGCGUCACUCUUGG